GACCGGAAACUGGGAAACACACUGUAAAAUUAAGAUAACCUGAAUAGGGGAGGAAAUGGAACCAGGUGGAUUGAACACACAGUGGCUAAGUUUCUCGUAACAUCGGCAACUUAGCGUUUCAAACACCAAUCACUCAUGAGGAUUAUGAACCUACUCUGAAGCAACGUGUUUCGGAUAGUCAAACUGGAAAAUCUUGUGAGGAUUUUUUGGAAAACAAAACGAGCUCGUAAAUUAAUGAUACGCCGAAGUCAUUGAAAGCUUGAACGAAGCGACCUAAUCGUUUAAAUAAUAUAUGGCAUCCUCGCCUUUAAGAAACUCCAGCACCGAAGUUUCGCUUCCAAAUCGAACCAUGGAGCAUCAAGGAAAUGACAGCAGUGUACGAGGGCAUCAAGGUGAACUCUUCGACCCUCUAACGUACAAAAUUAUGGUCAUCACGUUCUUUUCUGUGAUCUUUGCGUUUGGUUUUCUCGGCAAUGUGUCAGUGCUUGGAACGAUUUUAAAAUUGAAACAAUUAAGAAAUCCUUGUGGCUUUUUAAUUGGCACUAUCGCUUUGGCGGACCUAGGUGUCGCCUUAAUAGCUGCUCCCUUAAGAAUUGCUGAAUUGUACCUUCAGGGAUGGCCAUUCGGAGAUGCACUCUGUAGACUUAUCGUCCCACUUCAAGAUGUGUUGGUGUGCGUUUCGGUGGUGACUCAUUCAACAAUCGCUUGGGAGAGGUAUAGAGCCACUGUAACUCCGUUCAAGCCCCGGCUAUCAGCGACGAAGAUCAAAUUUGUCAUCUUGGGAAUAUGGGUAUCUUGCUACAUCUUCAGCGGACUGCCACUGGUGAUUCCGCUGAAGUUGCAGCCCUUUAAGGGAGCUCUGCAUUGCCUUCCGGCUUGGUCCGACCUUUAUCGCAGAAUAUAUGAAAUCUAUCUGGUGCUGGUGUUCAUCGUGGCUCAGCUUCUCAUUCAGAGUUAUGCCUAUGUGAGCGUCAUCCGAACCCUCAGGAAAAAGAGUGAUAUACUUCAGAUAGCCGAAAAAGAUCGGAAAAUCUCAACGGCUUCAGGCGCGUCGAUUCCGUUUAACUCGAGCGCCCCGUGCGCCGCAAUGGUCGCGCGGAUGAAACGGAAGCGAAAGCUGGUGAAAAUGCUUCUGGUUUUGGUGAUAGCUUUUCAGAUUUGUCACCUUCCGCGAGGAGUUACGAUGUUGUAUCGAGAAUUCGCUGAUCCUUCACUAAUUACUCCUACGUUUCAUUACAUCGAUCUUGUAGCUUUGGCGCUAUACUAUCUCAAACACGUUAUAAACCCACUGAUUUUGUUCUCGAUGAGUGGAGACUUUAGAAGUGGAAUCGAAAUAAUUCUCGGCUGUUGUAAAAAGAGAGAGCGAAGUGAAAGUGACACCGAAUCGACAAAACUUGUUACAAGGCGUUUAGAGGACACACCACCACUCGAGAGAGGAGUGAACAUUUUAGAGACAACAGUCUAAAAUCAAACUUUCUCGACGUAGUGUUAGCGACAAAAACAAAAUUAAGAAACAAGAAAAAUUUAAAAUUGUAUUCUAUUCAAAAUUCGAAAUGCGAAUGAAACCAUUCGCGAUGGAAAUCGACCAAUA